AUGCAAAAUUAGAUUGAUUAGGGAUUACUCUAAGAACAUGAAUAAAAUAAUGUUGAGGGUAUGGAGAAUGAGUACGUUGAUAAACACAAAUAACCGACUUAAAUAUUUGAGAUGGGGAAGGAAUACUUUAAACAGUGCCAUCAGUUAUUAGCUAUUUACACGGCUCUUAAAUUUAUUGCUGCAAUUACUUUAAUUACUUUGAGAGAAACUAUAUAUGGAGAUGAAAUACUACAAAAGAAUUACCAUGAAAUCUUUAAUGAUGCAUACUUAGUAUUCUGGAUGUACAUUUCAUGUGCUCAUAGUCUUUUUGCCUUCAUCUAUUAUAUUUAACUCUUGAUGAAGAUCGAUAAUGAAGUUAAAUGCACACAAGUAGUGGAAGAAAUCGGGCAGAUGAUUGUGAUAGAAAUCCCUGAAGGUUACACCAAUUAAGAGAGGGAGGCCUUCAUAAACGAUUAAGUUCAGAUCUAGAAUCAAGAGAUGAUUUAAAGAUUGGAGAUCGACGGACAAAUCGAGGAGUCAAGAAGAAUCAGUCUCAUCGCAACAGAAAUUAAAAAAACCCUCUUAUAAAAUGAAAGGCCCUUGAAUAUUUUAGGAAAGGGAUGCUUCGUCUUAUUCCAAUUCAUUCAAUUAUGGGGACUCAUAUUCUAUUUCCACAAGAAGAGUACCACAGAAUCUAACGAGGAUCUCAAAUUUUAUUCCUUGUACAAGGGAUAUUUGUUUUCUGUUGUAUUUAUGGGAAUAUAUUAAUAUUUAGAAAUCUACAUCAUAACUCUAUUAGUUCUAAUUUUCCUCCCAAUUCUUCUUUUUUAUAGUCUCUACGACUGGAUAAAGAAUUAUUGUUAGAAAAGAAGAGAGAGAAGGAGAAUAGACGAUUCCCUCAAAGAAAGCAUGUAUAGUUUAUAAGAAACGGCAGAAGGAGAAAACGAAUGCGCAAUUUGUAUGAAUUAGUAUGAGGAGAAAGAUAAAAUAGCAAUACUUCCAUGUUCCAACAAGCAUCGGUUCCAUUCAACAUGCGUUAGAUCUUGGUUGGAAAUUAAUAGCAAAUGUCCUUUAUGCAGAAGUGAUGUAUUUACACUGCCAGAUGAAAUUUUCUGA